UGGCAGCUCAGCCCGUUAGGAGGAGUCAGUGUGUGUCUCACUGGCUGCUCCGCCUUUAAUGUGUGAGAAGACCGUCCGCCGGUCAGUUGGAGACUGAGGCUUUGCAGUGCGGACUCACGGCUGCACCGGGAGACCAGCAACAGAACCGGGAGCAGUCUGAGGAGACCUCACGCUCGGACCCGAGACAUGGAAUGCAUCGAAAGGACUCAGACACUGUGAAAGUUUGCCUUUCGGAUAUGGAGACACAAACGAAAAGGCAGUCAGUCACAGUAAAGUCAGCUGUCCCUCCCGCCCGGCUCUGAGGUGCGGCGGAGGAUGACACCUGCACCCCGCCUGGCGAGGACCGACGCCUCUCUGAAGAGCAACAGUGACUUUCUGCCUCUCUGAUUGUGCAGACGGAUCGCCGGCUCUGGCUGCAGAAACUGCGCAUUUGUUGCGCUCCUCUGUGUGUCUUUGCACCAUCGCGGACUGCGGCAGAAGCAGCUCGCACCCGGACGUCUCGUACGCGCAGGUAUUGUCUCUGCUGCUCGUUUAAGCUGUGUCUACUGUUCGGCUCGGCUUGACGUGUCUGCACCGCUCAUGUCUUCAUGCUGUUUCCUUGUUGAGAUUAUCUGCUGGAUAUGAAGAAAUAAAAGACGGCUUUGCCUCAAACGCGUCCCCCCUCCACACGAGCAGUAAGGCGGUAUAAUCUCCGGCGCUCUGACUCACCAUGGGCACUGUACUAUCGCUGUCUCCCGGCUCUCGGAAAUCAGGCUACUAUGACAACCGGCCGGGUUCGCUCAGCCACUACCCGAGCCUCAGCAGCCGCUCUCUGAACAGCCAGAAAGACCGCGGGCUGAAGAGGGGCCAGUCCAUCUUCCUCCCAGCACUUACAUGGAAGCGACUGGUGGCCUCUACGAAGAAGAAGGGCAACUCCAAGAAAAGCUCUGGCGGUCCCGUGGCUCUCGGGGACCCUCUCAACAACAACAACAGCAUCAACAUCUACCAAAAGGACCCGGUGUUGCACCUCAACCGCGAGAAUGUGAAGAAGUCGCUGUCGUGUGCCAACUUGUCCAGCUACGAGGGCCCAGCAGGACUGGGACUGGGGCUUGGCUACGGCCUGGGGUUGGGUCAGGGCUUGGGCCAGGGGCACGGAUGUAGCUACAGCAAGUCCCAACAGCUUUCCUCUGUGAAAAAGGUUCCUCAAGGGACAGUGAAUUCGUCCCCAAAGCGUGUCAUUGUCCAGGCCUCCACCAGUGAGCUCCUGCGCUGCCUGGGGGAGUUUCUGUGCUGUCGCUGCUACCGCCUGAAGCAUCUGUCUCCGGCUGACCCGGUGCUCUGGCUUCGGGCUGUGGACCGCUCACUGCUGCUGCAGGGCUGGCAGGACCAGGCCUUCGUCACGCCGGCCAAUGUGGUCUUUGUCUACAUGCUGUGCAGAGACGUCGUGGACGGCGACCUGGUAUCGUCAGAGCACGAGCUGCAGGCCAUCCUGCUCACCUGCCUCUACCUGUCCUACUCCUACAUGGGCAACGAGAUCUCGUACCCGCUUAAGCCCUUCCUGGUUGAGGCGGGUAAGGAGGCCUUCUGGGACCGUUGCCUCGCCAUCAUCGAUGCCACCAGUUCCAAGAUGCUGCGCAUCAACGCAGACCCACACUUUUUCACACAAGUAUUCGCUGAACUCAAGAGUGAAGGCAGCUGUGGUCCCCAGGACUAUAGUCGGGUGCUGGAUCGGUGAGAGGAAGUCUGAGCACCCCCCACUUUGCUGACCGCACGCCUUUUGUAUGCUCAUGCACAUGUAUAAUUGCACACAGACACACACACACACGUUUGUCUCAUACAGAUUCUCCUUCCCUUUCGUCAUCUUCUGCUGCCAUGCAGGAGCAACAAAAGGCCCAUCUUGACAGAGUUACGUAGACAUAUUUAAUCAUUCCAUCUGUGUUUGUUGCCACUGUCCCGUUCCAUCCACAGACAGAAGUAAGAAAAUUUACUCUGAUAAUUGGCUAACAGAGGCUCAUAUUUGUGUUUCUUAUCCACCUGACUUUACUUGAACUGAAGAACCAUUUGCUCCACCUGUCCCAUCUGACCCCAUGCAUAUCGUCACAGCUGCCCCUCUGGGUCGUCACAGCCAGGCAUCCCAGCAUCCUCGCCCUCCUCUCUGAAUGUGAUCAGUCGGUGUGCACGGGACAAAAAGAUGCCAUCACCACUCACAGAAACACCAAUCAAGGAUUUUUCACUUGUUAUAUUCUAUACGUCAGUGUGGAUUUCACAGAAGAUUAAAACAGACAGUUUCCUGGACAAUUCAAGGAGACAUCUUGACAUCUGCUGCUGUGCCAGCGGUGAAAAAGUGACUGACUGAUGGGAACAGCUGAGAGAUCCAUGUAAGGUCCCGUUGGUCCUGCUGCGCGCUGUGUAAUCACUAAAGCAAAACAAACAGGCACUGCAUUGUGGAGCCUUGUAAGGGUCGUCUGGCCUGAGGGGGACAGUUGCUAUUGUUUCUCUUCAGCCACUCAAACCUGCCCGGUGGUUUUAUCUCAUCUCAGGAGGGUUUUCUGGUUGCAGGCAGAACAUGGGUUUAGGACUGACGUGUUUUAUGUGACGGUAUGCGUGGCUAUGUGUGUGUGGGUGUGUGUAGGCGUUGUGCAGUGGACAGCAGCCAGGGUCAUCAGCUGUUUACUCCAUCCUUUGUUCCCUGUGUCUUGUUGACGGGGCACCCACAGCCGGCGUAUUAAUGAGAUUAGCAGAUUACUGUGGCCCCUCCCCUCACUCAACCUCUGCCCCCUUCUUGUCCGCUCGGCAGGCCUGCACAGCUUCAGUGGCUAAUCCAGGCCAGGCUGGACAAGGCUGGACUGUAAACACCCGCACUUGCAUACAAAGACACACAUAUUUAAAUGCCAUAACGUGUGCGCUUUAUUCUCCUCGCUGCAUGAAUAAAGCGCCACACGUGCACAGCUCACGGUCCACUGUAGAAGCUCUCUGAGACAUAUCCCGGCAGGAAUGGCACAUGAAUACUAUUAUGGUUCAAAGGGUUUGUUGUUGUUGCAUCUGAAUUUGUCCCAGUUUCUCAAGAGUCACCUGCGCAUCCUCAUCUGCCAUCAAGAGGCUUGUUUUUCUCUCUUGUCCCUCCCUCAACUCCUGUCUGUUGCUAAAUUAUUCCCUUGAAUGAACCAUUGGCAUUUGUGCUUCAGUGGAUUCAUUCUCUAUUUCCCAUGUGUUUCGGUGUGUUUUUGUGCAUGUCGGAGGGGGUCACAGAUGAGCCCAAGGUUCAUUAAUAUUACACUGAAAAGUAUAUGGAUUAUUUUUUAUGAAAGCAGAUCAGAUUAAAUGUACUUUCAGAUGGAUUUUACGUCCUUAGUCAUCUGGGAUUUUACAGCUCAUCUUUCAAUAGCUUAGCAAGAGGAAGUAGAAAGCACAAAUUAAGUACUAAUACCACAACAGAGUGGCUGAAAGAGAUGGCAUGUGACCCCUUAAAAUCAAACGGUGUCUACAUGCGACCCCUCAAUGUCGGUUAAACAAAAAGAUUUCUUCCCUGUUUUUAAAAUUUUUAAGAACAAGAGAAUUUAAGAAUUUAUCUUUCGACUUCCCACCGUUGGUUCGGGAAGCUGCUUCAGACCUAAAAACAUGGAUGCUUGAUUUCCGUUGUGUCCACAAUAGCAAGUGGCAAAGCCUUAAUCUCAUUGUGUUCGGGAGCUUUAGGUGCUGCACUCCCCCCCCCCCCUCCUAUGUGGCUGUCGCUUUAGCACACUACAAUACAUAUUCACCCGCAAGGUCAUACGAUAAACACGCAUCCCGAUAAGAUCCAAGCAAACAGGGACGUACACACACAUUUUGAAGGGCUGAAAAAACAUAACCCUAACCCUGCCGCCUAUGUGUUAGCCAGCGAGCUACCUAUCUUAGAUUGGUUCACAUGACAGCAUAAUAAGGUAGUACUGUGCAAGUGUGUAAACGUGACAGCUGUUGUUCGGAAACAUAUGUUAAGGACGUAUCAUUCAUCUCUAACCAUUUUCACAACCUUAAAAGAGUCACACAUGGGUGACUACGCCAAGUUCAGACACCACGGCCUCUGUCCUAUCGCUGUGUCCUACGAAGGCACGAAAAGUACUAAAGUUUUACUAGUUUGGUCUAGUUUAGGCAACUUGUAUUUAUGGAGCCACCGCAGCAAAAAUAAAACAGUAUUUUUUUUUUCCUCCAGAGGGGAAGCGUAAGCAAAGAGAGCGAAUGGUGCAACUUUAGCAUGGCCUUGUGCAUGUCCUUGUGUGCAAACAAACACACUCUGGAUCGCCUCCCCUCCUUGGCUAAUCCAGUCCUAAUCCUCCCACCCAAUCAAAUAGAGAGAGGGAGCGAGGGAUGAAAACAUGGCGAAAUAAGUAAAUGGUUCAGAAUCCAGUGAGAUUUGGUGUCACACUUUUCAUACAGUUUUUCGCCCUGUGCUCAGCCUUCAAAUCCUGGUCUAACAAACUGGAGGCCUCAGAGACCCAAAGCUGCCUAUUACAACUGACCCGGACUUACUGAAGUCAAGCCUGCCUUCCUGCCUGCCUGAGGGAUCUCGCAUGAGCUCACACCAGUCAACCAGAGAGGAGUGAGGCAGUGAUUCACGUUCAGAGAGCAGAGCGCCGAGACGCUGUUGUGUCGCUUCGACUGGAAACCAUUUUGGGUUCGCUGUGGCGAUCAGUGCAGCUCCCUCUCGCUCUGGCCAGGCCCCGGCUUUGACAAGGACACUUGUGUCUUGACUCAACACCCCCCCUCCUCUUCCCCCCCUCCAACCCAGUUUCCACACACACUCAGCUGUUGUUCGCUGGCUGUUUCAUUAGAUUUGACACCCCACACCCGCCAGCCAUUGUCAGGACGAGGAAGGGCAGAAUGGGACUGUUUGUUGGCAUCAUGUUGGUUGUGUUUGUGUGUGAAUGUGGGUCAAAGUUAAGGGCAACAUCUGCUUCCACCAUUCGCCGCCUGUAGACCUGGAUGUUAAGUAAAUCAGAAGAUACAGUGCAGCAUGUUCAAGUCCCGGCAUCAGCGACAAAUAAGGAACAAUCUGCUGCAGGUUACCUUUAGCAUGUUGAGACCCUUCCUUUAAAGAAAAGCAAGCCUCAUUCAUUCAGUCUUCAUGCUCCUUACGUCGUGGCGCAGACACAGAGGAACCGUGGUCAUAUGAGCCAAACCAAAAAGGCAACUGUCCCUUCUUUCAGUCCAAUCAGUCGCCGAGCUGGAUCACGUAGCUGUUCCUCCAAUCGUUUCCAAGCCAAUUAACUCUCAUCUGAACUGCAGCUCUAAUUCUGUUCAUCCAAUCAAACCCCUCGGCUUGAGUCCCGAGCUCUUUGACCGACGGCAAACGGACAGACACACAAUGCCUGUGACGUCUCUGUGGAUAUUUAAUGGUUCUUGUUACAAAACAACCUGACUGACUACAGAUAUUUAAACAAGAUGAAAGAGGACAUUUAGUGCAAACUGGACCUUUAUAUCUGUGGAUGGGACCUUCAUCUGGGACUCGGCUUUACAGAACACUUCAGAUGGGCCUCAGACCUGCUCUGUUUUGGAGACCUCUGGGUUUGUGUGAACAAUGUGAUAAAAAGAUUUAACAGAAAAGUCUGGUGUUAUUCUAUCUUUUUUUUCAUGGUCACCAAGUAUCAUGCAUUGGAUCAUAUUUUAGUACUUUCAGAUGUCUUAAAACAAGUUACAAGUGCAUUUGUUGCUGUAUGAAUGCACAUUUGAGUAUUUCAGUAGCAGAUUGCUGUAUGUGGGAUUAAUUGAAGAAAAAUAAACGACUGUGCCCACGUUCAGCGUAGAGAUGAAACGUGUCACUGUGGCCAGCUGAUGGGUUUUUAAAGGUUUUCGGUCAACACUGGCACCAUGGAGGAAUACAUACGUAUACAUCAGGCUAUCAAAACAGACCAUUCUUGUUAGUCAGUCAAAUAAUUGUUGUUGUUUUGCUGACAAUAAAAAAAUAUAGCGUAUCAUGAGACUUUUCCUUUAAGUCACCACAGCUCUGUGAGUUGUGUUAUUUCAGCAUGCUGCUGCUGCUGCUGUUGCUGUUGUUGCUGUAGGUUGGUGGGACAUUUCAGUCGCACGCCACACACUGAUGAUGUAAAUAUGUGGCCGUGUAACAAAAAGCAGUUGAGAAUGAAAAAACAAACAAAAACAAAUAUUCUUGCUGUGUAGUAGCAUGCAUGCCAGCCAGGUAGUUUAGAAAUUUUUCUUUCUUUUUUUUACCUCUGCUUUUGUUUGAUUUUUAUAUGUGAUGUUUUAAAAAAAGAUCAUUUCUUUGGUAACUUAAAAGUGGAUCUCACUGGAGUGGAAACAUGAUGUCAUGUAUUAAAAGUCUCUUAUGACUGCAGAUGUAUGGUGGUCUGUCCGUAUUUAGAAGCAGUAGAGACAAAAGUGAAUAAAUAAUCGACUCUCGUUUUCUCCAGUCUGAAAAAGCGACGCAUGCUUAUUCAUAUGAGCUAUGACAAAGUUAGAACUUAACACCCUUUAUUUUAAACUCGGACGUCUUACGAUGGUCUCACACCAGGCUUCAUUUGUCAGUUUGCUAAUUUAGAUGUGGUCAUGACGUGUCAUCUGCUGCAACCAGAAGCUCCCCACCCCCCCAUCACACAGUGUACAUACAGAAACGAUCGAGUUAGUGGCUAUCAAUAGCUUUUCUCAUCGGAGCACCAGCUGCUGACACAAAGGCAGCCAUUGUGCGUGGAGCGUUUGUCACAGGCAGCUCCAACUCCACCUGCGUCCUCGCUGGUUGUAGCUUCAGCGUUUUUCCACAAAAGCUUUCGAAUUUCAAAACUUCACAUUUGCCACAUCUUGUCUGUGUUUUGUCAACGCUGGACAGAUGCUAUUGCAGCGGUAAAUGUAUGUAACUGUAGUGUCCCUCUCCUCCUCCUCCUCCUCCACCACCAACACCACCCGGGUCUCCCUGAGUUUCCAUAGUUACCUUCCUCAGCCAUCAUUGUAACUGUCACACCAAACUGAAGCAGCACAUCACCUCGGGUGACUUUUGUAAAGCCACCAAAAUGUGUGUGUAGCUAAAAGUAAAAUAACGUUGAUGGGGAAAACUUGAAGAAAAACAAAUGUGACUGU